CAUUUGUUGUAGCCAAUCAGGGAGCGCGAAAGAGAAGGGCAGCGCGGCCUUCAUUACUAGGGGCAACGCAUUCACUGACAGAUCAAUAACGGACGACAGAAUUCGCCUGUUCUUCACCCCUCUCUGAGUAAACCGAGCUCGGAUAGGCAGAAUCAGAAAGGUCCAAACGGACAGGGGGAGAGGAGGAGACAGACAGGAAAAAAAACAAAGAUGGCAGUGUAGAUUAAGGGAAGGACUAUCGAAGAGACUCUGCAGCAAACUGAUAACUUUUAGGCUUUCGGGCGAAUCCGGAUCGUGUCGGAGUGGUUCGCUUGUGAUCGGAAGGUGGACCGGAGGGGAAGAGCCCGGCCGGGUCGCGGAGAGUCGCUGUGCGCGUGCUGUCACAGCGGAUAACGGCACUAAACAACAGCCUGUUGUUUUGUUGAGUCUUAGCUGUUUUUUCUCUCUCUUCACAAGCUGAGAGCUGAAGCUUACCUGAGAUCUAUCCAAAAAUACAGGCAUUCAUGUACGCCAAACCGCAGUAAAACACAGAUGAAUUUAUAUUCACUGUCCCAUAACUUAGUGUCAUAUUAACGUACCCAAUAUUUACCGCUUGAUGUUUUACAACUGAGUGCAUUGUUGGCUGUCCAGAUCCCCCAUCAUUACAGGCCAAGUAGCUUGAAAACGCCUGGAAAUCUCACCCUGACAAUCAGCGGAUCCUGUUGUUCAGCCAGCCCAAAUAUCCCGUGACUCAUUCGGAUGUCUUCGAUGGAAGAGCGGAUGGAAUUAGGCGUCGCGGCCGCCCCGGGCUCCUCAUCAUCGGGUCUGGGUGUCGGUCCUGCGGGGGGCGCCCUGGAUGCUGGCCCGGGGAGCGCAGGACUGGCAGGUAUCCAGGAGGAGUCCGGCGUGCGGAGAGACGGUUCGGGUUCCGAGGCCGACCCGGACGCGCCGCCCAAGAAGCGCGUGAGGCAGCAGGAAGGAGAAGCGGGGAAGCUCGAGGAGCGCCUGUACUCGGUGCUGUGCUGCACGGUGUGUCUAGAUCUGCCUAAAGCCUCGGUGUACCAGUGUACAAAUGGGCACCUGAUGUGCGCAGGCUGCUUCAUUCACCUGCUUGCUGAUGCGCGUCUAAAAGAGGAGCAGGCCACGUGUCCCAACUGCCGCUGUGAGAUCAGUAAGAGUCUGUGUUGCAGGAACCUGGCGGUAGAGAAAGCCGUGAGUGAACUGCCCUCUGAGUGCAGCUACUGCCUCAAACAGUUCCCUCGCUCCAGCCUCGAGCGUCAUCAAACAGAGGAGUGCCAGGACAGAGUGACGCAGUGCAAGUACAAGCGGAUUGGCUGCCCGUGGCAGGGGCCAUUCCAUGAGCUCAGCGCCCAUGAGGCAGAGUGUUCCCACCCAUCCAAAACCGGCAUGGAGCUGAUGGGCAUCCUGGACGAGAUGGACCAGAGCCAUCGCAGAGAGCUACAGCUCUACAACAGCAUCUUCAGCCUGCUGUGCUUUGAGAAGAUUGGUUUUACAGAGGUGCAGUUCCGGCCGUACCGCACUGACGACUUCAUCACGCGACUGUACUACGAGACACCACGCUUCACAGUGCUAAACCAGACCUGGGUGCUGAAGGGGCGGGUCAAUGACUCGGAGCGCAACCCCAACCUGUCCUGCAAACGCACACUCUCCUUCCAGCUCAUCCUGAAGAGCAAAGUGAACUCUGCACUGGAGUGCUCCUUCCUGCUCCUGAAGGGCCCGUACGAUGAUGUGAAAAUCAAACCUGUCAUCCAACACCACGUCUUCUCCAACGACGCCAACGAAACCGAGUACGCCCUGCUGCCCAUUAACGACAGCGUGGAGUGCAACAAGCUGCUGGCUGCCAAAAACAUCAACCUCCGCCUCUUCAUCUUUCAGAUCCAGAAAUAGAGGCACGAGACGACGGGAUGGAAGAAACGGAUCAGACGGCGGUAGGAGGAGGGGAUGGUGUGAACAAAGGAAAAGCGAAAGAGGGGAGAUGAGCACCACUGAACCAC